UUAAUGGCUGCUGAGCACUGGGGCGCGCGCGCUGGCCAGCGCAACGUUGCGUUCCCUCCUCCCUUCCUCCCCUCCGUCCCGCUCGGAUCAGGCAGCCGUUCGGUGUGACUUUGCAGAGCUGGGACCCCAGAGCGUGUGCUUCUGUCUUCGUGAAAACAAGAUUGCUUUUGGGAAGGAGGUGGGGUUGGCGAGAGUUUUGUGCAUGCCCUAGUAACUAAGAGAGGGAGAAGGACCUGCUUUCCAGCUCUGUCACCACUUUGCACCGAGGACCUUGCAGCUUCUCCUCCAUGCUUCUUUUAGAAGAUCUGUUCCCAAAGAUUUCUGAAAUAUUUUUGAAAACUUGAGGAUCCACUCAGCUUGCCUGCAGAAUUUUCUGAACAUAUUUCUUCUGCUUAACUUUGGCCUGAAAUUACACUGAUUUUGUAUCAAGUUUUGAUGGUUCUGGACUGCUCCUCUAUAUUAAGUGCUCUGCAUUCAGCCCUUAUGUGAAUCUUUUUUUAUCAACGGUCAGGCCUGUGGAUUGUGCCAGCUAUGGCAAGCAACAGUAGCUCCUGUUCUACACCAGGGAGUGGACAUCUCAACAGCUACCCAGUUCCUCACUAUUUCUUCUUUCCCCACAUGAUUGGAGGCCUCUCACCUCCAGGAACUCUGCCUGGAAUGCAACACCAGCUGCCAGUCAGCGGGUACAGUACACCUUCACCAGCUACCAUUGAAACACAAAGUACCAGCUCAGAAGAGAUUGUACCCAGUCCUCCUUCACCACCCCCACUGCCCCGAAUCUACAAACCCUGCUUUGUGUGUCAGGAUAAGUCAUCUGGCUACCACUAUGGUGUUAGCGCCUGUGAAGGAUGCAAGGGCUUUUUCCGUCGUAGUAUCCAAAAGAACAUGGUAUAUACCUGUCAUCGGGACAAGAACUGUAUCAUCAACAAAGUGACCCGGAACCGCUGUCAGUACUGCCGCCUACAGAAGUGCUUUGAAGUUGGCAUGUCCAAAGAAUCUGUCCGGAAUGAUAGGAACAAGAAGAAAAAAGAUGCUCCAAAGCAGGAAUGUUCAGAGAGCUACAUCAUUACACCUGAGGUGGAGGAACUCAUCGAGAAAGUGCGCAAGGCUCACCAGGAGACCUUCCCUGCCCUCUGCCAGUUGGGGAAAUACACCACAAACAACAGUUCAGAUCAACGGAUAUCUCUUGACAUUGAUCUGUGGGACAAAUUCAGUGAAUUGUCCACAAAGUGCAUCAUCAAGACAGUUGAAUUUGCCAAGCAAUUGCCAGGCUUUACCACACUCACAAUUGCUGACCAGAUCACACUCCUCAAAGCAGCCUGCCUCGACAUCUUGAUCCUUCGGAUAUGCACACGCUACACACCAGAGCAGGACACUAUGACCUUUUCUGAUGGCCUGACCCUCAACCGCACUCAGAUGCAUAAUGCAGGCUUUGGACCCCUCACAGACCUGGUCUUUGCCUUUGCCAACCAGCUGCUGCCACUUGAGAUGGACGAUGCUGAAACAGGACUCCUCAGCGCCAUCUGCCUCAUAUGCGGAGACCGACAAGAUCUGGAACAACCAAACCGUGUGGAUCAAUUGCAGGAACCUCUGUUGGAAGCCCUGAAAAUCUAUGUGAGAAAGAGGAGACCUAGCAAACCUCAUAUGUUCCCCAAAAUGCUGAUGAAGAUUACAGAUCUACGGAGCAUCAGUGCAAAAGGUGCUGAAAGGGUGAUAACUUUGAAAAUGGAAAUUCCUGGAUCAAUGCCACCCCUCAUCCAGGAAAUGCUGGAGAACUCUGAAGGCAUGGAUUCUUUGGGGGGCUCAACGGGAGCAUCUUCCCAUAUCAGUAGCUUAGCUCCACCUCCACCUCCACCUCCAGGCAGCUGCAGCCCUAGCCUCUCGCCCAGCUCCAACAGAAACAGUCCUGCCACACAUUUACCGUGACCAUGCUGGACCCCUGAACUAGUUGCUUGAUCCCCUCUCUGCGCACAUCGGUCUUUCGCUUCCUGGGUCUGCCUGGACACACCUCUCAGGAGGAGCAGAGGUGGGGUGAAGGCGUAGCAGUGGGACAGGCUGUUGCUGCGGGCAUUCUCCUCUCCUUCUCUGUACCACAUCAGUCCUGCUCAGACCCAAGAGGGAAGGCUGCUUAUGUUCUCCUGUACCAGCACACUAUUUCUCACUUAGCUGUUCAAACAAAACAGGG